CUUGAAAUUAUUUCAUACGUUUAACAGGAAUAUUUUUAGGACUAAAAUGGGGAAAAACUUCCGGUGUAAAUGACAAGGCAUCGUUAUAAACCCUAAAUCCCUAGAGUUCAAAAUUUCAAAUGCUUAGAAUGAGCAGAAACUGGGUAAAGAUUAACCUCCAUCAAUCAAAGCAACGGUUUUCCUCAUUUGCUCGUUUAAUUUCUCUAAUAGCAAAUCCCACUUCAUCGAAGGUUUCCCGCCAAAGUUCAGUUUAUAACACCUUCAACAAAUCCAUCAGCACUUCCUCUCCUGAUCAAUUGGAGGGAUUGAUCGAUUCAAAUUUCAAUCCCCCAGAAAUCAGUUCGCAUCCUCACAAGGAUUCUGGAGUUUCGGUCAAUUUGGAAGAAGAAGUUGCAAUUUUGCAGCGUUCGUUGUCUGUGGAAAAGUUCGAAUCCCGUAAGUAUUCAGACGCGCAUAUUAUUUGUAAAGCAAUUAGAGAUAAUAACAGGGAUUUCGGUGAUAAAAACCAUAAAUUUCUUAGUAAGUUCAGAGAGAAACUGAGUGAAUCGCUUGUGAUUGAUGUGUUAAAAUUACUUCAAAAUGCUGAAUUAGCUGUGAAGUUUUUCAUAUGGGUAGGUAGACAAAUUGGGUAUAAUCACACAUUACCUGUUUACGAAGCUUUAUUAGACAUAAUAGGAUGUAACAAUGCUGAUAGAAUACCCGAUCAUUUUCUUAGGGAAAUUAGAGAUGAUGACGAUAAAGAAGUGCUUGGAAAACUCCUUAAUGUAUUGAUCCGUAAGUACUGUCAAAACGGUUCAUGGAAUUCAGCACUUGAAGAGCUAGCCAGGCUUAAAGAUUUUGGUCACAAACCUUCUAGAGUGACCUACAAUGCUUUAAUUCAAGUAUUUCUUGAGGCAAAUAAACUGGAUUCUGCUAAUCUUGUUUACAGUGAAAUGGCUGAUGCUGGUUAUAAAAUGGAUCCACAUACAUUAGGUUCUUUUGCAUAUUCUUUAUGUAAAUUUGGAAAAUGGAGGGAGGCUCUUGAUAUGAUAGAUAAGGAAAAGUUUGCUCCUGAUACUACAUUAUACACUAGAAUGAUAGGUGGGUUAUGUGAAGGUUCUUCAUUCGAAGAGGCUAUGGAGUUUCUAAACCGAAUGAGAUGUGAUUCUUGCAUCCCUAAUGUGUUAACAUAUAGGACUUUGCUUUGUGGGUGUUUGAAUAAAGGAAAAUUGGGAAGAUGUAAGCGAGUUCUUAGCAUGAUGAUUGCUGAAGGGUGUUACCCGAGUCCUAAAAUAUAUAAUUCUCUUGUUCAUGCUUAUUGUAAAUCAGGAGACUUUGCUUAUGCACAUAAGUUGCUUAAAGAAACGGGAAAAUACGGUGUUCGACCUAAUCUUGUAAUCUUUAACAUAUUUAUUGGUUCAAUUUGUGGAACAAGUGAGAUCCCAAGUGUAGAUAGGUUAGAAUUAGCUGAAAUGGCUUAUGGUCAAAUGCUUGAAUGUGGUUUUGUGUUGAAUAAAGUUAAUGUUAGCAAUUAUGCUCGAUGCCUUUGUGAGGUUGGGAAAUUUGAGAAAGCUUAUAAUGUGAUUCGUGAAAUGAUGACCAAAGGUUUUGUACCUGAUGAAAGUACGUAUUCGAAUGUAAUUAGUUUUUUGUGUAAUGCUUCCAAAUUAGAGAAGGCGUUUUGGUUGUUUAAAGAAAUGAAAAAGAAUGGGGUUGUUCCAAAUGUUCAUACUUACACGAUUUUGAUUGAUAGUUUUUGUAAAGCGGGGUUAAUUCCUCAGGGUCGAAAAUGGUUUGAUGAAAUGAUUACAAAUGGUUGUUCUCCAAAUGUGGUAACAUAUACAGUUCUUAUACAUGCAUAUCUUAAAGCUAAAAAGAUAUCAGAUGCCAAUGAGUUAUUUGAAAUGAUGGUGUCAUGUGAUUGUUCUCCAAACAUUGUCACAAUCACAGCUCUAAUAGAUGGUCAUUGUAAAGCUGGUAAAGUUGAAAAGGCGUUGCAAAUUUACUCAAGAAUGAAGGGUAUUAAAGAAAAAGAAAAUUCUGAUGUGGGUUUUCAGUUUAGAGUUGAAAAGAUUAAAACUUUGGAGCCAAAUGUUAAAGAAAAAGAAAAUUCUGAUGUGGGUUUUCACUUUAGAGGUGAAAAGAUCGAAACUUUGGAGCCAAAUGUUGUGACAUAUGGAGCUUUGGUGGAUGGGUUGUGUAAAGCAAAUAAAGUCAAAGAAGCACGUGAACUUAUAAAUGUGAUGACUUUUGAAGGUUGUGAGCCUAAUAAUAUCGUGUAUGAUGGACUUAUUGAUGGGUUACUAAAAAACGGAAAGUUAGAAGAAGCAGAAGAAGUUUAUUCAAGAAUGUGUGAACAAGGGUACAAUCCAAAUGUCUUUACUUAUGGAUCAAUGAUUGAUAAGAUGUUUAAAGACAAAAAAUUGGAUCUUGCUACACGGAUUUUAUCCAAAAUGCUUGAAAAUUCAUGUCCUCCUAAUGUUAUAAUCUACACAACAAUGGUAGAUGGAUUAUGUAAAGUUGGAAAGACAGACGAAGCUUAUAAACUCAUGGAGAUGAUGGAGACAAAAGGGUGUAAACCGAAUGUUGUAACUUACACCUCAAUGAUAGAUGGAUUUGGAAAAAUUGGGAAAGUGGAAAAAAGUCUUGAAAUUUUUAAAGAAAUGGGGAUGAAAAGUUGUGCGCCUAAUUAUGUCACGUAUAGUGUUUUAAUCCACCAUUGUUGUGCUUUUGGGUUGUUGGAUGAAGCUCUAGGGCUCUUGGAGGAGAUGAAAAUGACGUAUUGGCCCAUGCAUAUGGAGAGUUAUAGUAAGGUUAUUGAAGGGUUUAAUUGGGAGUUUUUGAUGAAUCUUGGGGUUUUGGAGGGUGUAAGUGAGUAUGAUUCCAUUCCGGUUAUUCCGGUUUAUAAACUUUUGGUUGAUGGGUAUAGAAAGGCUGGAAAAAUGGAAUUGGCUUUGGAAUUGGUUAAAGAGAUGAGUGAGUUAUCUUCCUUUAUGGAUAAAGAUUUGUAUUCUUCUUUGAUUGAGAGUCUUUCGGUUUCAAAUAGGGUUGAGAAAGCUUUUGAGUUAUAUGGAGAUAUGAUUGGUAGAGGUGGUGUUCCCGAAUUGAGUGUUUUUGUUAACCUUGUUAAAGGUCUUGUGAAAGCUAACAAGUGGGAGGAUGCAAUUCAACUUUCGCAGAGCCUAUGUUACAUGGAUAUUCAGUGGCUUCCUUAUGAUGACAAAAAGGAAGAAAAGAAUUGCCCAAUAAACCUUAUUCUAACAAAUAGGACGCAAAGUCGCAAACACACGGACGCCUCCCUUCUCACGUCGUCGGCUCCUCAAGCUCUCCCCUGCCCGCCGCAGUAUUCCAUCGCCCCUGUCAAGCCACCGGACAGAGACGUAACACCCCACAACUACAGGUCAAGUUAGCUCUAACACACGCACACUGCUACUUGUAGUCGUUUUGGGGAGUGAGCAUGGGGCGUAACAGCAGUCAAGCUCUUCUCGACUUGGAAAACGACACUAAAAAUUCCUCUUCUAAAGAGUCAGCGCUUCUUGUUUGCAAAAGAGAUGAUGAUGAUCUGUUGAAGAAGAUAGAAGCUGCAAAAACUAAAGCGAAUGCACCUCCUAAUUCCAAGCCCACCAUUGCAGCUCCUCCACCUAGCCAAGUUAUGGGAAAGUUGAAGGACUUUUUAGGAGUCAUGGCAGAGUCAAACAAGAAGUUGCAGCUAGAUGCUAUGAGUUCCAAAAACUAUGAUAUUGAGGCACUCACAGGGGAUGAAUCAGAAUACAUUGAAAUGGAUCUAAUGCUUGGUGUUGCGGAUCUUCACACCCCAGAAGCUGUUGCUGCAGCUGAAUCUGCUAUUCUUGGUAAUCAACCAGUCAUCUCCCUUGAUGCUAGUAGUACCGAAUCGGAAUCGGAAUCGGAAUCGGAAUCGGAAUCAGAAUCGGAAUCGGAAUCGGAAUCGGAAGAUAGCGGUGAUGAUGAUGACAACAGUUGUAGUGAUUCCGAAGACGAUGACAAUAAUGAAACUAAAAAGUCAAAAUCCAAAACUCUUAAUGAUAAAAAGCCAAAAAACACAACAUCUGAAAAUGACAAAAAAAGUAAACGACCAAAGAUCGUUGAGCUUUCAUAGUCAAAAUUCAGAAUAAAGGCAAGAAAGUGUAAUUUGUUGGUUGAAUGUUGCUUGUAGCAUAUGAAUGAAAUAUUUGUUUGGAUUUAAAUAUAUUUAAUAUAUUUAUAUUUUGUGUUUUGAGACAGGUUGAGUUCACUUGUAAACAAUCUUUUAUCCAU